CAGCUGCCGUAUGUAGUCGAUGACAACAAACAUGGCGUCCUCAAUGUCACUUUUUGGACUGCGACGUCUUUCUUUGACUAACGCCGCUUCCAAAGUCUUCCUAAACCCCCUCAGGUCUGCAAGCACGUCCGCGCAGAGGCUGGCAGAGGGAGCGGUACCAGACACGCAGCUUAUCACAGUUGAUGAGAAACUGGACAUAAGCGCUGUGACAGGGGUGCCGGAGGAGCAUGUGAAAACACGCAAAGUUCACAUCUUCGUGCCCGCCAGAACAGCCAUGCAGUCGGGAGUGAACAACACCAAGAAGUGGGCGAUGGACUUUGACACCAGGGAGCGUUGGGAGAAUCCACUGAUGGGCUGGGCCUCAACCGCUGACCCCUUAUCCAACAUGGUGCUCGCUUUCUCCUCCAAGGAAGACGCCAUUGCCUUUGCUGAGAAAAACGGUUGGAGCUACGACAUCACCGACAAACGGACCCCCAAGCCUCGCGUCAAAUCCUACGGAGCCAACUUCUCCUGGGAUAAGAGGACCAGAAGGUCCGCUAAGUAAACUCCAGAGUCAUCUGUUAGUUGCCGUGACCUCCCGUUGUCCCGCCUGCAGCGGACCUGUAUAAUUCCUGUCAAUAAAAACUUCAUCACACGUUUAAACCAAAA